AUGACCAGUGCCUUUUUUCUCAGGCUAUUCAUGUUCUUGGUCUUGGUUACCCCUGCUUCCAGUGUCACUCCUGGCCCUACAGUCCCACUGCGCUUCUCUAGAUUCUUGGAUCCCUCCAAUGUUAUGUAUCUACGCUGGGACUUUGACAUUAAGACUGAAAUUAUUACCUUUGAAUUACAGGUGCGGACAGCUGGCUGGGUAGGUCUCGGUGUCACUAAUCGGUACAGCAAUGUCGGGGCUGACCUAGUAGUUGGGGGCAUCCUGCCUGAUGGCAACAUGUACUUUUCUGACCAGCAUGUUCUAGAUGAUGACACCUUGGAAGAGGAUGGGAGUCAGGAUGCUAAGCUGCUGUCUCUGACUCAGGAUGUUGUCUAUACCACCAUGCGUUUCUCCAGGCCCUUCCGCUCCUGUGACCUCCAUGACCAGGACAUUACAGAUGACACUAUCCGGAUCCUGGCAGCCUAUGGGUUGAAUGACAUAGUACAGCUAGAAAGGGAUAAGACCUUUGUCAAAUCUAUCUUCUUGCUGCAGAUGAUUCAUCCUGAUGAUCUAAAGGCCCCAGAGAUCUCCUACAUAUAUGACUUGGAGAUUACUGAUUUUCUCAUACCAGAAGAUGAUACAACCUAUAUCUGUACUUUUCUUCCUCUGCCUAUUGUUAACAAGAAACAUCACAUCUACAAGUUUGAGGGGAAACUGACCCCCCACAAUGAGACGAUGGUACACCACAUCCUGGUUUAUGCUUGUGGUAAUGCCAGUUCCCUCCCCACAGGCAUGAGUGAUUGCUACGGUGGUGACCCUGCCUUCUCCCUUUGCUCCCAGGUCGUCAUAGGCUGGGCUGUUGGGGGCAAUAUUUACCAGUUGCCAGAUGAAGUGGGUUACUCCUUGGGGACUCCUCUAGACCCUCAGUGGAUCCGGUUGGAGGUUCACUAUAGCAACUUCAAUGGUCUGACAGGUGUCUAUGACUCUUCUGGCAUCCGUCUCUAUUACACCCCAGAGCUUCGACGUUAUGAUGUUGGUGUUCUCCAACUAGGCUUUUUCACUUUCCCCAUACACUUCAUUCCCCCAGGAGCCCAGAACUUCAGCUCCUUUGGUCUCUGCAAAACUGGCCAAUUUGAAGAGAUGAAUGGGCAGCCAGUUCCUGACCUACAGGUCCAGGGCUACAUGCUUCACACCCAUCUGUCAGGGAGAAGACUCAAGGCUGUGCAGUACAGGAAUGGCUCUCAGCUGCGGAUAAUCUGCAAGGAUGAUGCCUAUGACUUCAACCUGCAAGAAGUCCGAGAUGUGAGGGAGGAGACGGUGAUUAAGAUGGGAGAUGAGCUGUUGGUGGAGUGUGACUACCAGACCCUGGACCGUACCACGCUCACUUUUGGUGGCCCUAGCACCAUGAACGAAAUGUGCUUGAUCUUCCUUUUCUACUAUCCCCGAAACAAUAUUUCCAGCUGCAUGGGCAUGCCAAAUAUUGUUGAUGUUGUCCGGGAAUUGGGUCAAGAGGCUUCAGAUACCAUGGAAGCAAUGGUGAUGUUGAAUGAUAUUGAAUGGAACAAUGAGAGUAUCCAGAAGGCAGAAGAGGCCUGUAGAGAUUCAGAACAGCUGGUGAUUAUAAAGAGUGUGGAUGAAGUGGUGAGAAAUGAGACUGGCAGGAUUCCCAUCAUCACACCUACACCUAGGGGAUCUUGCCUGGAAUCCUCAGGAGGCAAAGUAGAGUCUGAGGACAAGCUAAGCUUUCGAACUAUCUCCAGUACUCCUUCAGCCUCUAGCUCUUUGAGCCCCAGUUACCAGUCCAGUUCUUCCAUACUUCUGGUCAUGAUGAUUUUGUGUGGCAUCCUCUCUGCUUUCCCUGGUGAGAUUUGA